AUGGUAGCUUCAUUUAUAACUUUCCAUUCCCAAGUUUACGAACUGAUUGACUUGGGGAUAAAUGAUUCUCCUGCUGGUAUUGCUGUUCAUCCUGCAGAAGGGUUUCUUUUCUGGACAGAUAUUAGUGACAAGCCUCACCACUUUUUUAUCUAUCUAUCUAUCUAUCUAUCUAUCUAUCUAUCUAUUGCAGGCUGUUCAUAUCUAUGUAUCUAUCUAUUUAUUUAUAUCAUUUGUUCAUAUCUAUCUAUCUAUCUAUCUAUCUAUCUAUCUAUCUAUCUAUCUCACUUUGAAUCUAUCUAUUUCAGUCUGUUAAUAUCUAUCUAUCUAUCUAUCUAUCUCACUUUAAAUCUAUUUCAGUCUGUUCAUAUCUAUCUAUCUAUCUAUCUAUCUCACUUUGAAUCUAUUUUAGUCUGUUCAUAUCUAUCUAUCUAUCUAUCUCACUUUGAAUCUAUUUCAGUCUGUUCAUAUCUAUCUAUCUAUCUAUCUAUCUAUCUCACUUUGAAUCUAUUUCAUCUGUUCAUAUCUAUCUAUCUAUCUCACUUUGAAUCUAUUUUAGUCUGUUCAUAUCUAUCUAUCUAUCUAUCUCACUUUGAAUCUAUUUUAGUCUGUUCAUAUCUAUCUAUCUAUCUAUCUCACUUUGAAUCUAUUUUAGUCUGUUCAUAUCUAUCUAUCUAUCUAUCUAUCUAUCUAUCUAUCUAUCUAUCUAUGUAUCUAUCUCACUUUGAAUCUAUUUUAGUCUGUUCAUAUUCAUCUAUCUAUCUAUCUAUCUCACUUUUGAAUCUAUUUCAGUCUUCUGUUCAUAUCCAUCUAUCUAUCUCUAUCUUGAAUCUAUUUCCUCAGUCUGUUCUAUCUAUCUCUAUCUAUCUAUCUAUCUAUCUAUCUAUCUAUCUCACUUUGAAUCUAUUUUAUCUGUUCAUAUCUAUCUAUCUAUCUAUCUAUCUAUCUCACUUUGAAUCUAUUUUAGUCUGUUCAUAUCUAUCUAUCUAUCUAUCUAUCUAUCUAUCUAUCUAUCUCACUUUGAAUCUAUUUCAGUCUGUUCAUAUCUAUCUAUCUAUCUAUCUAUCUCACUUUGAAUCUAUUUUAGUCUGUUCAUAUCUAUCUAUCUAUCUAUCUAUCUAUCUAUCUAUCUAUCUAUCUCACUUUGAAUCUAUUUUAGUCUGUUCAUAUCUAUCUAUCUAUCUCACUUUGAAUCUAUUUCAGUCUCAUCUAUCUAUCUAUCAUAUCUAUCUAUCUAUCUAUCUAUCUCUUUUUGAAUCUAUUUUAGUCUGUUCAUAUCUAUCUAUCUAUCUAUCUCACUUUGAAUCUAUUUCAUCUGUUGUCUACAUCUAUCUAUCUAUCUAUCUAUCUAUCUAUCUAUCUAUCUAUCUCACUUUGAAUCUAUUUUAUCUGUUCAUCUAUCUAUCUAUCUAUCUAUCUUUGAAUCUAUUUCAGUCAUCUAUCUAUCUAUCUAUCUAUCUAUCUAUCUAUCUAUCUAUCUAUCUCACUUUGAAUCUAUUUUAUCUGUUCUAUCUAUCUAUCUAUCUAUCUCACUUUGAAUCUAUUUUAUCUGUUCUAUCUAUCUAUCUAUCUAUCUAUCUAUCUAUCUAUCUAUCUAUCUAUCUAUCUAUCUAUCUAUCUAUCUAUCUAUCUAUCUCUCACUUUGAAUCUAUUUUAGUCUGUUCUAUCUAUCUAUCUAUCUAUCUAUCUAUCUAUAUCUAUCUCACUUUGAAUCUAUUUUAUCUGUUCAUAUCUAUCUAUCUAUCUAUCUAUCUAUCUAUCUAUCUAUCUAUCUAUCUAUCUCACUUUGAAUCUAUUUUAGUCUGUUCAUAUCUAUCUAUCUAUCUAUCUCACUUUGAAUCUAUUUCAGUCUGUUCAUAUCUAUCUAUCUAUCUAUCUAUCUAUCUAUCUAUCUAUCUAUCUCACUUUGAAUCUAUUUCAGUCUGUUCAUAUCUAUCUAUCUAUCUAUCUAUCUAUCUAUCUAUCUAUCUAUCUAUCUAUCUCUAUCUCACUUUAAAUCUAUUUCAGUCUGUUCAUAUCUAUCUAUCUAUCUAUCUAUCUAUCUAUCUAUCUAUCUAUAUCUAUCUAUCUAUCUAUCUCACUUUGAAUCUAUUUUAUCUGUUCAUAUCUAUCUAUCUAUCUCACUUUGAAUCUAUUUCAGUCUGUUCAUAUCUAUCUAUCUAUCUAUCUAUCUAUCUAUCUAUCUAUCUAUCUAUCUAUCUCACUUUGAAUCUAUUUUAUCUGUUCAUAUCUAUCUAUCUAUCUAUCUAUCUCACUUUGAAUCUAUUUCAUCUGUUCAUAUCUAUCUAUCUAUCUAUCUAUCUCACUUUGAAUCUAUUUCAGUCUGUUCAUAUCUAUCUAUCUAUCUAUCUAUCUAUCUAUCUAUCUAUCUAUCUCACUUUAAAUCUAUUUCAGUCUGUUCAUAUCCAUCUAUCUAUCUAUCUAUCUAUCUAUCUAUCUAUCUAUCUAUCUAUCUAUCUAUCUCACUUUGAAUCUAUUUUAUCUGUUCAUAUCUAUCUAUCUAUCUAUCUAUCUAUCUAUCUAUCUAUCUAUCUAUCUAUCUAUCUAUCUAUCUAUCUAUCUCACUUUGAAUCUAUUUCAGUCUGUUCAUAUCUAUCUAUCUAUCUAUCUAUCUAUCUAUCUAUCUAUCUAUCUAUCUAUCUAUUUCAGUCUUCUGUUCAUAUCUAUCUAUAUCUAUCUAUCUAUCUAUCUAUCUAUCUAUCUCACUUUGAAUCUAUUUUAGUCUGUUCAUAUCUAUCUAUCUAUCUAUCUCACUUUGAAUCUAUUUCAGUCUGUUCAUAUCUAUCUAUCUAUCUAUCUAUCUAUCUAUCUAUCUAUCUAUCUAUCUAUCUCACUUUGAAUCUAUUUUAUCUGUUCAUAUCUAUCUAUCUAUCUAUCUAUCUAUCUAUCUAUCUAUCUAUCUAUCUCACUUUGAAUCUAUUUUAUCUGUUCAUAUCUAUCUAUCUAUCUAUCUAUCUAUCUAUUCUAUCUAUCUAUCUAUCUAUCUAUCUAUCUAUCUAUCCUUUUGAAUCUAUUUUAGUCUGUUCAUCUAUCUAUCUAUCUAUCUAUCUCACUUUGAAUCUAUUUCAGUCUGUUAUCUAUCUAUCUAUAUCUAUCUAUCUCUCUUUUGAAUCUAUUUUAGUCUGUUCAUAUUUAUCUAUCUAUCUAUCUCACUUUGAAUCUAUUUCAGUCUGUUCAUAUCUAUCUAUCUAUCUAUCUAUCUAUCUAUCUAUCUAUCUAUCUAUCUAUCUAUCUAUCUAUCUCACUUUGAAUCUAUUUUAUCUGUUCAUAUCUAUCUAUCUAUCUAUCUAUCUAUCUAUCUAUCUAUCUCACUUUAAAUCUAUUUCAGUCUGUUCAUCUAUCUAUCUAUCUAUCUAUCUAUCUAUCUAUCUAUCUAUCUAUCUCACUUUGAAUCUAUUUUAUCUGUUCAUAUCUAUCUAUCUAUCUAUCUAUCUAUCUAUCUAUCUAUCUAUCUAUCUCACUUUAAAUCUAUUUCAGUCUGUUCAUAUCUAUCUAUCUAUCUAUCUAUCUAUCUAUCUAUCUAUCUAUCUAUCUCACUUUGAAUCUAUUUUAGUCUGUUCAUAUCUAUCUAUCUAUCUCACUUUGAAUCUAUUUCAGUCUGUUCAUAUCUAUCUAUCUAUCUAUCUCACUUUGAAUCUAUUUCAGUCUGUUCAUAUCUAUCUAUCUAUCUAUCUAUCUAUCUAUCUCACUUUGAAUCUAUUUUAUCUGUUCAUAUCUAUCUAUCUAUCUAUCUAUCUAUCUAUCUAUCUAUCUAUCUAUCUAUCUCACUUUAAAUCUAUUUCAGUCUGUUCAUAUCUAUCUAUCUAUCUAUCUAUCUAUCUAUCUAUCUAUCUAUCUCACUUUGAAUCUAUUUUAGUCUGUUCAUAUCUAUCUAUCUAUCUAUCUCACUUUGAAUCUAUUUCAGUCUGUUCAUAUCUAUCUAUCUAUCUAUCUAUCUAUCUCACUUUGAAUCUAUUUUAUCUGUUCAUAUCUAUCUAUCUAUCUAUCUAUCUAUCUAUCUAUCUAUCUAUCUAUCUCACUUUGAAUCUAUUUCAGUCUGUUCAUAUCUAUCUAUCUAUCUAUCUAUCUAUCUAUCUAUCUAUCUAUCUCACUUUGAAUCUAUUUUAUCUGUUCAUAUCUAUCUAUCUAUCUAUCUAUUUAUCUAUCUAUCUAUCUAUCUAUCUAUCUCACUUUGAAUCUAUUUUAGUCUUCUGUUCAUAUCUAUCUAUCUAUCUAUCUAUCUAUCUAUCUAUCUAUCUAUCUAUCUAUCUAUCUCACUUUGAAUCUAUUUUAGUCUGUUCAUAUCUAUCUAUCUAUCUAUCUCACUUUGAAUCUAUUUCAGUCUGUCCUCUAUCUAUAUCUAUCUAUCUGUUCAUCAUCGAAUCUAUCUAUCUCAUUUUUAGUCUGUUCAUAUUUAUCUAUCUAUCUAUCUCUACUUUGAAUCUAUUUCAGUCUGUUCAUAUCUAUCUAUCUAUCUAUCUAUCUAUCUAUCUAUCUAUCUAUCUAUCUAUCUAUCUCACUUCUGUCUAUUUUAGUCUUCUGUUCUGUCAUCUAUCUAUCUAUCUAUCUAUCUUUUUUGAAUCUAUUUCCAGUCUCUAUCUAUCUAUCUAUCUAUCUAUCUAUCUAUCUCACUUUGAAUCUAUUUUAGUCUUCUGUUCAUAUCUAUCUAUCUAUCUAUUCAUCUAUCUAUCUAUCUAUCUAUCUAUCUCAUUUCCAUCUAUCCAUCUAUCUUUCAUCCAUCAUCUCAUCUAUCUAUUCAUCUAUCUAUCUAUCUAUCUAUCUCAUUUAUCUCAUCUAUCUAUCUAUCUAAAUAUCUAUCUAUCUAUCUAUCUAUCUAUCUUUGAAUCUAUUUUUCAUCUAUGUUCAUCUAUCUAUCUAUCUCAUCUAUCAUAUCUAUCUUAUCUAUCCUUCUUCUAUAUCAUCUGUUCAUCUAUAUCUAUCUAUCUAUCUAUCUAUCUAUCUAUCUAUCUAUCUCACUUUGAAUCUAUUUCAUCCUGUCAUCAUAUCUAUCUAUCUAUCUAUCUAUUUUUUGAAUCUAUUUAUCUAUUCAUCUAUUUAUCUAUCUAUCUAUCUAUCUAUAUUCAUCUAUUUAUCUAUCUAUCUAUCUAUCUCCAUGAAUCUAUUUUAGUCCUUUCAUAUCUAUCUAUCUAUCUAUCUCAUUUUGAAUCUAUUUCAUCUGUUGUUUAUUUAUCUAUCUAUCUAUCAUCUACUUUGAAUCUAUUUCAAGAAAUCUAUCUAUCUAUCCUAUUCACAUCUAUCUAUAAAUCUUUAUCUAUUUAUCUAUCUAUCUAUCUAUCUAUCUAUCUAUCUAUAUGUCUAUUUUUAUAUCUAUUUUAUUCUGUUCAUCUAUCUAUCUAUCUAUCUUAUCUAUCCAUCUUUAAAUCUAUCUAUCUAUCUAUCUAUUUUUUGAAUCCAUUUCUGUUCUAUCUAUUCAUCUAUCUAUUCAUCUAUCUGUCCUUCAUGAAUCUAUUUCAGUCCAUGGACAUUCAUCUAUCUAUCUAUCUAUCUAUCAGAUACAUCUUUGGAUAUCUAUUCUCAAAUCUUUUCUAUUCAUAUCUAUCUAUCUAUCUAUCUAUCUAUCUAUCUAUCUAUAAUCUAUCUCACUUUGAAUCAGUCUUCUAUCAUAUCUAUACAUCUAUCUAUCUAUCUAUCUAUCUAUCCAUCAUCUAUCUAUCUAUCUAUCUCAGUGAAAAUUUUAGUCUUUCAAUCUAUCCAUCUAUCUGUUCAUAUCUAUCUAUCCAUCUAUCUAUAUAUCAUCUGUUCAUAUCUAUCUAUCUAUCUAUCUAUCUAUCUAUCUAUCCCAUCUAUCAUCUAUCUUAUCUAUCUAUCUAUAUAUCACACACAUCCAUCUAUCUAUCUAUCUAUCUAUCCUAUCUAUCUAUCUAUCCCUUUAAAUCUAUUUUAGUCUGUUCAUAUCUAUCUAUCUAUCAUAUAUCCAUCCCAUCUAACAUCCAUCUAUCUAUGGGAUCUAUUUCUGUUCAUAUCUAUCUAUCUAUCUAUCUCAUCAAUCUAUCAUUCAUCCAUAUCAUCUAUCUAUCUAUCUAUCUAUAUAUUUCAUUCAUCCAUCUAUCUAUCUAUCUAUCUAUCUAUCUAUCUAUCUAUCUAUAUUUAUCAUUUAUAUCUAUCUAUCUAUCUAUCUAUCAUCUAUCUAUCAUCUAUCUAUUCAUAUCAUUCAUCUAUCACACAUAUCAUUCAUCUAUCUAUCUAUCCAUCUAUCUAUCUAUAUAUCUAUGA